UCAGAUUCGUUUUGGGAUCAGUUACAUUUAUAGUUGCUUUAUAGACAGUAAGAUUUUCGGCAUUUUCGCACGGCGUAAUAAAAAAUAAAUAAAUCCAAAAUAAAUUAAUUCAUUGGYAUUAGCCUGAGAUAAUCAACAGAAUGGUGAACUUUAAUAACGGUACAAAAAUAAUGGUAAACCGGUGCAUUGAGCUGCUCAAUGCAAAAAUAGCCCAUGCCCAGACCCGACACAUUGCCAAACGUGUACCGGUUAAUCGUAUCAGACCCCGAAAGAUGGACGCCAAGGCAAUUUUUCGGGAACGUCAGAAAGCAGAGAAUUAUGAAGCUAGUAAACGUCUUUCCAUGUGGGAGCAGAACAAGAGCCAGAAACAAAACAUGCCAGAGAGCUUGCGUAUGGACCAUUCACAUUAUAAGCAUUGCGGAUUGAUGGAACGCACCUACGACUGUACCUGGGCCGACUUCCCAGAAGAUGUCAAGCCCAAGACACGCAAAUCAGUGCAAUCGCCGGAGGAAAUCCAAUCCCCUCGUCGUGAGUCUGGUAAUCGUCCAGACACAGCAAAGCCCUGGGAUGCUGAAGCCGAGGACUUCAUUAAGCAAUGGGAGAACAACAAUGAUAUGGCCAAUCGUACUAGAUUUGCCACAGCGACGACUUUAAGUCGCCCAAUUUUGGCCAAACCCGUCAAAACUAAACUGCCCAGAAAGAAAAUGUUCUUCUUCUAAUUUUGAACCAUUUUCUUGAGAACGUUUUGAAUCGUUUUUUUUAUAAUAGAGUAU